UAUCAAAAUCUUAUAUAAAUACAAUGUAUAUGUAUACACACAUAUCCAUACAUAUUUUCUUUUGGAUGGACAUAUCCCAUUUGUUUAUCGGUAUACCAUUUGAUAGACAGAAGCUUAAUUGCUUUACAAGCAAAGGAAAAACCCAGGGGAUUCUUGUCCCAGAGGCUGUGAUUCUGCACAUCAGGGGCAACAGAGGGUUUUUAAAGAUGUGAUUUCAGGUGUGUCCAGUCCUACUUCACUUGUUAAUCUGGGAUAUAAUCAAUUUUAAAUCUUCUGGUGCCAUCCCCAACUCUGAAUUUCUUCACUCCUGUGGUGGGUGUGUGCUCAAGGACAGAUAACUGAAUGGGGACAAAAAGUAAUCCUGUUUCCCCCCAGGUUAGGGACAGGGAAAGGGGGAUUUAAAAAAAACAAAACAUCAAUCUUAAAAUAAGCCUCAGUGGCAGAGCAUCAUGCUGGGGUUUUUCAGGUUAAUUUUUUCAGUUUAAUUUAUACUUAACUGAACAUUAGUUGUUCAUGGUGGGUGGGUGGUAUUAUUUAAAAGGGCAUCGCUUUUAUACCAGUUCAAAUAGAACAACUUUCUAAAAAUAAUAUAUUAAAUCUGUAGAACACUAUAUAUUUUCCACUUUAUAUAAGUUUAAAGUUGUUGAAAUCACUUUGAUUCCUGUCCCUGGGACCAAUUUGUUUUGAAUUCAUCUGCUUCAGAGUUUUAGAAAUUGUGGAAUCAACUGAAAGAACUAUUUGUCUCAGAGUUGGGGAAUUGACCACCUGGCGGGAUAAGGAGGUGUUCAGUGGUGGAAAUGUGUGAGAGACACUCCUGAGUGAAGGAGCAGUCUGAGCCAAAGUCCAGAGGGGAAUAAGCAGGGUCUGUGGGAACUGGCAUGCCCAGGGCUGAAAGGUGUGUGAUGGAUGGGGAGGGAGAUGGAGCUGGAAAGAGAAGCAGGAUCACAUAGCGGGGAGCUCCCAUAGGGCCUGAUGAUGCCCAAAAAACGUUUAUUGAAGAAACAAAACAGAGAUGGUAGGAGCCAAAGGAGGAGGUUUGGACCACAUGGUUCUUCUGAGCCCUUUUGUUCCCUGACAACUAGGUAAGACACUUCUUAAGGGUAGGGCUAUCCAAUGCUCACUGUCCUCCCUGCCCCACUCCCCACUGGAAAAUAGCUCCCUAACAACUGAAAACACAAGUAGAACCUCCUGAGGGUGUAAGGACCCUUUCCUGGGGGCUGUCCUGUGAGUUUACCACACAAAGUUGGGUACAGACAAUUCUAUGGUGGACCAGUCUUUCAUGGAAGACAACAUGCUCAUGAGAUGUCACAAGAUGGAGUCCCUUAUUCCAUCAACUGCCAACCACUCUACCAGCACCAGCCCUACAAUUCCUGAUUGCUCAGAACCUGGUGACUUCAUCUUUAAAGAACAAUGGGUCUGGGGCAUUCUGGGGACUCCCAUUGGUGGGCAGAGUAGUGGUGAGUUCACUCUUUUCAGAGCCAUAGGCCUGGUAACCAGAGUGAACCUUAUGGAUUCGCAAAAGGAGGACCUGGGCCUUCCUGGCCGUAAGUACACCUAGUCCUUUGAGUGUGGGGGGGCAAACUUUCAGGGAAGAUCCUCUGCAUGGAUGGGGUGGUGGCUGCCUGAAUGGAGUGCUAUGUAGUUAAGAGACAGGCUUCUCUAGGAAACUAAGGAUUCCUCGAAGGCAGAGACCAUGUUCUGCCCAAGCAGAAAAGAUACAAUUGAGGUCCUUGCUCUUAGUGAGGCUUCUCAGUCUGAAUGACUGCGUGGGCCCUGGACUAGUAGCCAGAAGGCCUGACUUGAGUCUGGGCAGGUCAUGGCCCCUGUACACCUAGUGUUCCUUAUCUGUAAAAGGCUAAUGGGGGGGGCUGGGGAUAUGACUCAAGCGGUAGCGCGCUUGCCUGGCAUGCAUGCGGCCCGGGUUCGAUCCUCAGCACCACAUACAAACAAAGAUGUUGUGUCAGCCAAAAACUGAAAAAUAAAUAUUUAAAAAUUCUCUCUCUCUCUCUCUCUCUCUCUCUCUCUCUCUCUCUCUCCUCUCCUCUCCCCCUCUCUUAAAAAAAAAGGCUAAUGGGGACUCUUAUGUGCCCUGCAAAUAUACCUUUGACUGAAUCAGGAAAUUAUUAGGCAUGUCUUUGAUAAGGGUGGGAAAGAAUGAGAGGAUGAAUGAGCCAAAUCCAGGAGAGGAAUGAGAAACAGUUCAGGCCCCAAGCUACAGCUGUCAGUCAACUUGCCUCUUUUGUUUUUUUUAACUGCCUCAGCGUGGAUCCCAUGGUACUUCGGAUUUUGGGGGCUGUGCAGUCUGAUAACUGGUGGCUGCGUCCCCUUAAUACAUUGGAGGAAGAACCUGAGGAGGAGGGAGCGUGCCCAGCAGUGGGUGGAGGUGAUGAGAGCUGCCACAUUCAGUUACAGUCCCCUGCUGUACUGGAUCAACAAACGACGCAGAUAUGGCAUGACUGCUGCGAUCAGAAUAGGCCCUACCAGGGCUGUUGCCAAUACUGACAUUCAACUCCAAAUUCCGGAUCUUCCAUCAGAGCCGCACCCCCGCGAAGACAGGCGUCAUGCCUUCAGAGGCAGCAGCCCUGAGACAGAAGCCCCUGUUUCCCUCCAACCUGCUCUGGUGGUCCCACCGCAGCUCACCUAAUGGGAUACAGAGCGCCAGACCCCAUCCCCUUUCCCGAUUGUCUUUCCAGAGAUACCCUCUGCCCCACCCCUCCGCACCCUGAACUUUCCUCCCAUGAUGUCCCACUCUGCCUCCUACCCCUUUCUUGAGGGUCCUGAAAGGCAGGUCUUCUAUUCCCUUCCCACACUGGCCCAAGGGGUGAACUGACCCAAUGUGAAUACUUUUACUUCAGGGUCAUAGACUCCUCUCACUGAAAGUGAGAGAUUCAGGGGCCAGGUAUUAGGAGUUAACCUCAAGCAUCUGAUCAUGACACAGAGGUCAGAGCCCAUUUCGUGUUAAUUAGUAAAAUUUUUGAAAAGUCA